CUGUAAUCCAGAAUAGAACAUUCAAACAGACUAUCUAUGGGAGUCAGUAUAGAAUCGGUUGUGCCUCCAACAAGAUGGAUUUAUUUCUACUGCUACUUACUGGUCCCCUUGCCAUCGUAUUUCUUAUAUUUUUGUACGUCCGAGUGCUUCAGUACAUAAACCGUUUCGCGAAUAGUGUUCCAUUCGGUGGAAUGUCCCGGUAUCCGCUGUUCAUAAACGACUGGAAACUGCUGCGUGCCUCUCCCGUGCAGAAAUUUGAGAUAUUGGCGGAAACCUUCGCGCAGCAUGAUCGAUUAUUCAGAGUGUGGUUUGGCCCGCGGAUGGCAUUCGCAACUUGCCAUCCAGAUGUCAUCCAAGCGAUUCUGACCCACCCAGAGUGUGUGGACAAGCCGUUUUUCUACCGGUUCGCACGAUUGGAUCACGGUUUACUGGUGGGAAGAGCUCAUCUCUGGCGGCGUCAACGGAAGCAGCUGAAUCCCACCUUCAACCUACGAAUAUUGACCAGCUUCUUGCCCAUUUUCGAGAAAUGCUGCCAACAAAUGGUGAACUGUUUGGAACCGUUCGCAAAUGGAGAUCGUAUCGAUAUCCUUCAGCAUACGACGCGCUGCACUUUGAACAUGAUUCUUCAAACCAGCUUGGACACAGACAGUCUUUCGAACGAAGAAAGCGCUAGUUUGGUGAAACAUAUCAAACGAUUUUUCUUCAUUUCUACAAAUCGAGUGUUGAAUUUGCAUCAUUACUGGGAGCCGGUGUAUCGUUUGACUAAAAACUUCGCCAUGGAAUCAGAGUCAUACGGUGUGAUCCUUGGAGCAACUAGGAAGAUACUGAAUAUCAAGAAAAAUGAAAUGAAGGACAAACCUCUUAACGAAAAUGAUCUUGAGUAUAAAAAGCCACGAAUCUACAUGGAUCAACUACUUAAGCUAUCCGACACAAUGAGUGACAAGGAGAUAAUGCACAAUGUAUGCACGAUGAUAGCUGCGGGCAACGACACAUCCGGCCAGCUUAUGGCCUACGCUUGUCUGCUUCUCGGAAUGUAUCCGCACAUCCAGGAAAAAGUGUACUCAGAAAUCAUAGAAUUGAUUCCUCUGACGCGGAAGGAGUCCAUAUCGGUGGAGCAGCUCAAGACCCUCACUUAUACGGAAAUGUUCAUGUUCGAAUGUCUGCGGUUAUGCCCCAUUGCUCCCAACAUUGCACGGCUGAACAUGACUCCGAUCGAACUAGAAGGCAUUACAAUCCCUGCCGGACAUAUCUUUUUCAUUUCGUUCUACUCACUUCACCGUCGGAAAGACAUCUGGGGACCGGAUGCCGAACAAUUUGAUCCGGAACGGUUCUCACCGGAAAGAUCCGUGGGGCGACAUCUGUACGCAUUCCUGCCAUUCAGUGGUGGAUCACGCAAUUGUAUCGGCUGGCGUUACGCUAUGAUGAGCAUGAAACUAAUGCUUGUCUAUCUGUUGCGGGAGUACCGGUUUCGAACGGAUUUGAAACUGUCGGAUUUGAAGUUCAAGUUCGAUAUGAUGCUUGUGUUGGUUUUUGAACAUUGGGUGAAGAUUGAGAAGAGACGAUAUAAUUGCUAACAAGUAAACAUGUGCCCUAUACUAAAAAACCUCA